CUGUUUGAAGCAGGCCUCUGUGCUCCUGUACAUGUACUGAACUCACGUAAUUUAGCCCUUUCACAUUUCUGGGAUCUACGUGACACCCACUGACCAAGCACGAAAGGCUCCAAAUGGCUCCUCCCAGAAGUCAUAGUGCAAAACUUGCACAGUUCCUGCUGGUGAUGGAGGGAAUAUUUUCUGACUCCUGUGCCUUAUUCCUAUCUGUAUAUGGCCUUUCUUUCAGUGAUCAGCAAGUGGUUUCUCCUCAUCAGGUCUUUAGAAAGUAGCCGCUCCUCUGCUGGCUACUUCGUAGAUAUGUUAAAUACAUUAUACACCCAUCAGACAGUUUACCAUAUUAAACCCAAUAUACAUAAAACAGCAAAGGGAGAUACUAAGGAACAGCCUAACUUAGGUUUUCAGUCCCUUCUUAACCCCUAGAAAAUGAUGCAAUAUGGCUUUCCCAACCUAUUGCAACCCUGAAAGAGUAAAUAGAGUCUGUGGUUGAUUGCAUAAGCUAAAUGUCCUAUUCUAAGGAGGGCAAGGGGUAAGGAAUGGAGAGUAAAAUAUGGAUGCACAAAGGUAGGAGAUGACGGCAGAGAAGCCCAGCCGGAACAUUUAUUGUCCCAUCUCUUCUUGCCACAUUACUUCUGGUGCCUGAAUUGUGUUAAGCACAGAGCAUUGUGGUCAUGGGAAGAUGUGUUGUUGUGGGAAUAGCAGGAGAGAGCUCUUAGGUUGGGCAUGUUUUCUAGGACAUUGCUCUGACUCAGUAUCAACACUGGACAGCCAAGAGUGCUCUAUAAUGGAGGUGAUACACUCCCUUUUCAUCUCUAUCCCAGUGUUAUGUUAUAGAAGUGAGGAUCUAUUCUUACCCCACAAAGCCCAAAGUCAUAGCUGAAGUUUAGUUUCUUGGAAAGUGAAGACACUGGAGGUUCAGAUGAGAGAAGGGUUUCUCAGUUUUGGCACUGUGGGCAUGUGUCACUGUAUGAUCCCAUAUUUGGGGACUACGAUGUUAGCGAGGUCUCUACCUGCCAGGUGUGAGUAGCACCCUCCAUCGCUCUUUUAUUCUUAUUCUCUUCUCUCCUCUCCUUCUCUCUCUGACUCUGUCUCUUUCUCUCCUCUCCCCCACUCCCCGCCUCUGUGCAUGUGUGUGCACACAAAGGUGAACCUGCCUUCUUCUAUUGCACUCCACCCCCACCUUUUGGAGGCUAUGACUCCGUGAUCCUGAACCUUGUCAAUUCAACGAGGCUGGCUGGGCAGCAAGCCUCCACAUUCCUCCUAUCUCUGCUUCCCUAGCACUAGGAGUACAGGUAGGUGUUGACCUUGAUUUCUUUUUAAACAAACCUACUUUAUUUAGGAUUAUUAAAUGCUUCUACCCCCCUUUCAGUCCCCCAACACUGGGUAGGAUCUGGGUAGGGUCAUAGGAUUCUGUUGGGGGUAAUACCAGUAUCAGUUGCCCAGAAAUCCAGAAGUCCAGGUCACCAGCAAAUCAGCAAAUGUAGCAGCAGGAUGAACCGGCAGCAGGCAGUCCUCCUCCAAGCAGCCGUGCCUUCUUCCUCUGGAUGGUAAUAUUUAUACCCCUCAAAGUCCUCAGAAUUCAACUAAUUCCACCUGGCAAAGACCACGCUCCACACGAGACACUUAACAGGUGUGGGCGAAUGAAAAGCACCAACUUGGAACUUUAACAAAAAACAUGCUUACACAUCAUAAACCAGAACAUUCACGGCAGGCACGCAUUGCUGUAAUCAGCUAUUUACAUUGGUGUUGGAGAGCCAAACUCAGGUUUGAAGAAAGGCAUCAGAUGCUUGGACACCAACUGACCUGUCUCCCUGUUUACCCAUCACCCUUUUGAUAACUGGAAAUAUCUGCGGAUAUUAAUGUUUGGAGACAAAGUGGUCACUGGCUGGGAAACUGGCAGACAGUUGUGGUCCUUGGAAUCUGUGCAGGCGUAGGAAGCAGCCGGCAUAGUACCCAGCUGUUUGUGUACAGCUGCAACCCUAGAUGCUCAGGAGGCCAAGAUGAGAUGCCCUGCAUCUGCGAAUCCAAGAAAGCUCAGCUCACUUUUAUUAUCCCCUGCCCUGGAGCCCCUCUGAGGAUCCCCGUGCAUUACUCUAUGGGAGGACUUCUCAUUGCAAACACACUGCUCAGAACUGAUGGUCACUCUUGUUCAAGGAGCAAGGUAUCACAGGAGAUGUUCUGCCUGCAGAGUUCUCAAGCCUUACACGUUCUGGAGAACAGCCUGAGGAGGCACCUCCCAGAGUCCUUAAAGGUUUAUGGGACUGUCUACCACAUGAAUCAUGGAAAUCCAUUCAAGCUCAAGGCUUUGGUGGACAAGUGGCCUGAUUUUAAUACUCUUGUUAUUCGACCCCAGGAACAGGACAUGACAGAUGACCUUGACAACUACAACAACACUUACCUCAUCUACUCCAAGGAUCCCAAGCACUGUCAGGAAGUUCUUAGCGCAUCAGAAGUCAUUAACUGGAAACAGCAUUUGCAAAUUCAGAGUACACAGUCAAGCCUGGGAAAAGUGAUAGAAAGUCUUGGAGCCAUGAAUUUGAGCGAGGUCAAGCAUACACAGUGUUUUCUCUAUAUGAUAUUUCAAACAGCAAAGAAAUUGACUCCUGCCUUGGUGGAUGAGAAGAACUUAGUAGCCAGCAGUAACAAGCCCAAGCCUUUUGACCGCAAGUUGUUCAAAUUCGCCUCCCUGGAUGCUGCACACGCUGCAUUAGUGGACAGCAGCUGGUCUUUCGGCGGCAACGAGAAAAGCCGGAAGUUCAUUGAGCGCUGUAUCCUCACCCUCCCCAGCUUCUGCAUUAUGGGGCCUGAGGGGAUGCCGGUGUCCUGGGCCCUAGUAGACCACACUGGAGAAAUGAGGAUGGGAGGCACCUCGCCUGAGUACCGGGGUCAGGGUCUCAUUUAUCAUCUUAUGUGCCACCAGAUUCAGACUCUAGAUAACCUCGGCUUCCCCAUGUACGGACACGUGGCGAAGGCUAACUUCACCAUGCAGAGAAUAGCCGCCAUGGUGAAACAUAUCCCCAUGCCUUGUACCUGGAACCAGUGGAACUGCGUUCCUCUGUAAAGCUGUAAGAGUGAUGGGGGUGGGGUGGGUGGGACCGUGCUUGCCGAUGGAGAAGUGGCUGCCAAGCCUGCUGACCUGAGUUUAAUUCCGGGGACCCACACUGUAAGGAGAAUCAGUUUCAUCAAGUUAUCCUCUGACCUCCACAGGUGCGCUGCGACAUGUGCACAUACAAAUAAACAAAUGUGAUUUUUAAAAAGUUUUUUAAAAAAAGAGCAACUGGUGAUAUCUUUGAGCCCAGACAUUUUUUUAUUUUUCAAUGAGUUCUCACUAGUAGUCCCCAUGCCAGCAAAGAGAAAUCAGCAUUGUUCUAUAGGCUGAGCUUCGUUACUUCAUUCUAAUGUUUAUAUUUAAUAAAUCCCUCCUUCAUUCGUGGAAGCUUAAACUCUCGAAGGUCAAGAACUGCUGAGUUUGCAUUCGUAGUAGUUGAGUUCAAAUAUAUUUUCUGGACCAUGUUGCCACAAACAAUUACAGCUCCCACAGAAGGCAGCCCUCUCCGAGUUCUUCACUGCAGGGCUUAAAGCUUGCGGUCGCUCGUUCCCCCGUAGCUCCAAACAGUUGUUUAAGAUGUUUUUUCCCCCCUCAAGUUUCCUGAAAACGACAGAAUAUUUACUUAGUUUUUCAACCUAAAGCCAGCCACACAGGAAUUCAUUUCAAAACCGGGAUUUGAGAUGUGGCUUUUUUAUUCCAUUUUAAAAUCAACUAUGAUUCAGAAAUUUUAAUAAUUUGUUUUGGGGAACCUAUAAAUUAUAUAUAUAUAUAUAGUAUAUAUUUUGUAUAUCACAUAUAGUGUGUAUGUGUGGAUAUAGAUAUAGUUAUAUCCAUUCACAAUCUUAGUUUCUUAAACACUUAAAUAUGUUCCAAACUGUAUUUAUGAAUUUUAUUUUCACUUUAAUAUUUUUAAUGAUUAUUAGCAACAGAAUCAUCCAAAAGAGCAAAUUCUAAAAUUCAAGUAGAGAGCUGGAGAGAGGGCUCAGUAGUUAAGGGCACUAGUUGCUCUUCCAGAGGACCCAAGUUUGAUUCUUAGAACCCAAGUGAUGGCCCACAGCCAUGUUUAAUUUCAACUACAGGGGGUCAAAUGACCUCUUCUGGCCUCUGUGCACACACACACACACACACACACACACACACACACACACACACUAAAGCUUAAAGCAAUAAAUUUCUAAUGUGAGCAUAAUAAAUUUGGAGACUCUAAAGAUACAGAAGCUCUUCCAAACUUUUAGAAAUAUCUAGUAAUAAUAUGAAGGUGAAAGUCUAAAUCAUUUCUCAUUAUACAUUACUAAAUUACCAAUUAAACCUGAGAGAUUCACACUCUAAUACAAAUUCUGCCUCAAGAAAUAAGCAUAUCACAGACGGCCUCUGAAACACUCCACUGAUAACGUGUAUCAAAGCAGAGGCUGGGACUCAUAGCCAAACUUUGGGCAGAAUGCAUAGAAUUUUAUGAAAUAAGGGAGAGAUAUAAAGACUUAGAGGGGACAGGAGCUCCAAAAGGAGACCAACAGAACACCCCCCCAAAAAAAAAACCUGGGCCCUGAGGGCUCUGCAGAGACUAAUACCCCAACCACAGACAAUGCACAGAGAUAACCUAAAACCCCAGUUCAGAUGUAGCCCAUAGACUCAGUCUCCAUGUGGGUUCCCUAGUAAGUGGAGCAGGGGCUAUCUCUGGCAUGAACUCAGUGCCAGGCUCUCUGAUCACCUCUUCCUGUGGAGAGCAGCCUUGCCAGGCCACAGAGGAAGACAUGCUGCCAGACCUGAUGAGACCUCACAGGCUAAGGUCAGAUAGAAGGGGAGGAGGACCUCUGCUAUCAGAGGACUGGGGGAGGAGCAUAGGGGGAGAAGACAGAGGGAAGGCGUGACUGGGAGGGUUCAAGGGAGGGGGCUACAGCCGGGAUACAAAGUGAAUAAAUUGUAAUAAAUAAUAAUUAAUAAAAAGAGGAAAAUUAAAAAGAAAAAAGAUAGAAGCAUAUAAAACAUCAUAAAAGCUGAACUUCCUUUAUAAGAUAAAAUCUUACUAUAUAGUUGAUCUUUCAAAAAUACAUAUUUUAAUAUAUUUUAUAUUUAAUUUUAAUAUAUUUUAAUUACACUCUUUGAGGAUUUUAUACAAGGGUAUUUUGAUCAUAUUCAUGCCCUUGCUUCUCCCUUUAUCAGCUCCUGGAUCUUUCCUCUAAUGUCUCAUUCUAUUUUUUCCCCCUUUUUAAAAUAACAUGACAUACCAUGUCAAAAUUUGUGGUAUUGUGAUCCUCAUGGGUGUGGACCAUCCUUGUCUGAGAACCUUAUUCAUUUCAUUAGUUCAUGUGUUAACUGAUCUAUUGUUACUUUUUAAGUUAUUUAUAUAUUCUAGAUACUAAGCCUUUGUCGGGUGUACAGCUAGCACAGACCGUCUUUCAUUAUAUAUCUGACUCUUUAUUUAACUGUUUACUUUGUUAUGUAAAUCUUUUUGAAUUUAAUAAAGUCUCAGUUGUCAA